AUGCUGGCUUUGCCAUUUUUAUUCUUGAUUCUAUUUCCCGCCUUAGUGUUCUCACUGAGUACUUUUGUUGACAACUAUGAAACUCUGAACUAUCGCACUGUGAACACAGUGCGUAGAAAACGUUCGUUAGGAUACGGAGAGCCUGUACAUCUAAGAUUUCACGCAUAUAACAGAACAUUUCACCUCAGCUUGCUUCCUUUGGAUGAAUUCAAUGAAAACUUCCACCCAGACCAUAUCUUAGACGAAAAUGGGCGAUAUGAGGAAAUUCAGCCUCACACUUUCUUAUACGAGGGGCAUAUAAAAGAUGACCCUGGAUCGAAAGUGUAUGGAUCUAUUCUUGAUGGAGUAUUCGACGGUCACAUUAUUUCGGGGGAUGGUCAUUCGUACACAGUGGACCGAGCAGCAAAAUAUUUUGAUGUUGGAUCUCGACCUUCUCAGUAUCAUUCAAUCAUUUAUCACGAUGCAGAAAUCAACCACGGCAAAAUGCGAUCUAAACGAUCAGCGUCAUCCCCUGGCAAUGAUCACUUACAUGGUUGUGGGUUAAAUGAUCGGGUGAAACGAGAAAUGGAGCGCAUCCAGCGUUCAGCAGAAAUGCCAUCGGAUGUGUACACUAAUUACAUGACCAUGCAUGGACGAUCGAAGAGAGCCACUCGCGAUGAGAAGGGAUUAUAUACUGUGAGAACAUGCUCUCUGUACCUACAGGCUGAUCAUAAAUUAUAUGAACACAUUAAGCGAAAAGAAGGGAACAACGAUCCAAUUCGGACUCGAGAAGAAAUUGUGAGCUUAUUUUAUAAUCACAUCAAAGCUGUCAACGAAAUCUAUGAAGGAACUAACUUCAACGGGAUUAAAGGACUUCAUUUUGUUAUUCAAAGAACUUCCAUCUACACACCUGAGACGUGCGACCGCGGUCGUCCCGUUGCUGGUAGCGAUAACCCUUUCUGUGAAGAGAACGUCGAUGUGUCAAACUUCCUAAACUUGAAUUCACAACGCAAUCAUUCAGCAUUUUGUCUAGCUUAUGCUCUCACGUUCCGUGAUUUCGUUGGAGGUACUCUUGGUUUGGCAUGGGUAGCAAGUCCUCAGUACAACACGGCGGGUGGUAUUUGUCAAGUGUACCAAAGGUACAAUGAGGGAUCGAGAGGCUGGGUUUUUAGAUCUUUAAAUACCGGAAUCGUAACUCUGGUCAAUUACGGAAAUCGUGUUCCUACGCGAGUAUCACAGCUCACUCUUGCUCACGAGAUUGGUCACAACUUUGGAUCUCCACAUGACUAUCCUCUUGAGUGUCAGCCAGGUCUACCUGAUGGCAAUUUCAUAAUGUUCGCCUCCGCAACCUCUGGCGACAAAGUGAACAACGCCAAGUUUUCGCCGUGUUCCGUUGCAAAUAUCUCCAGCGUGUUGCACGUUGUUCUACAGUCCGUACCUAUUGAUCCUACUCGUCAUGCAGGGCCGGUCGGCGCUCUGAUGAAGCGUAACUGUUUCCAAGAGCGAACAUCUGCGUUCUGCGGGAAUCAGAUACAUGAGCCAGGAGAAGAGUGUGAUUGUGGAUUCUCACAAGCGGAUUGUGAUCAGAUGGGGGAUAAAUGUUGCAUGCCACAUGAGUCAGCGAAGAAUGGUUUUAGUGUCGCAGGACCUUGUAAGAGGAAGAAAGGAGCUAUGUGCUCUCCUUCCGAGGGAUACUGUUGCAAUCCUGAAACUUGUUCUCUUCACCAGAAGAAUGACUACAAGGUGUGCCGUCAGGAGUCUGAAUGCAGUCAUACGCAAACUUGUGAUGGUUUCACUGCACAGUGUCCUCCAUCUCCGCCUAAAGAAAAUGGAUUACCUUGUCAGGAUAGCACAAAGGUAUGUUCUGGAGGCAGUUGCAAUGGAUCGGUAUGCGAAAUUGUUGGACUUAAGGAUUGCUUUCUUACAGAAGGAAAACCAGAGGAACUGUGCUAUCUUGCUUGUAUUAAAGAUGGAAAGUGCACAUCGAGCGUUAAUCUUCCGGAGUUUGCGGCCAACAGAACACGUUUUGUGCAGUCGGGAAGGAGAGGAAAAAGCGGUCUUGUCCUUCAUCCGGGAUCGCCGUGCAAUAACUACAAAGGCUAUUGUGAUAUUUUCCGUAAGUGCCGCAGCGUAGAUGCUAAUGGCCCACUUGCUCGUCUGAAGAACCUCCUGUUUAACAAGAAGACCAUCGAAACCGUCACACAAUGGGUGCAAGAGAAAUGGUGGAUUGUUGUUUGUGGUGCACUGACUCUGCUGGUGUUCAUGGCUCUCUUCAUCAAAUGUUGUGCUGUACAUACACCUAGUACUAAUCCCAACAAACCUCCAGCACUCAACUUGUAUCAGACACUUACAAGGCCAUCUACUUUGAUUCGUCAGCGUCGACAACGAAGUCGCGCUCCAAUUGCAGUAGCUACCUCAGCAGGUGGUGCACCAUCUCGUUCAAAUGCUCAGCCGCCAUCCUCAGGCUCUCGGCCCGUUCGAGCUUCUGCUCCUCCUCUGCCGCCAGCAGCGCCUGUGCCUGUACCUCUAAUUCCGUCGGGAUCAGCUCCACCUCCACCAGCUGCUGUGUUGGUUGUAGAGCCGCCUCCGCCAUACACUGCAGCUGCGGAUCCAGGCAGUGCACUCGGUGGUCCGCGAAGGGGACAUCGACGAAACAAGCGGCAAACAAGCGCUGAUGCGGCUCCGAAAUCGCGGGGAAAAGGCAAAUGA